AUGGCGACAUCUACUAACGGAAAAAUCUUAGCUACUGGCGGAUAUAAUUCUAGCGGCUAUUUGAAUAGUACCGAACUGUACGAUUCAUCAACAGAACUUUGGACGACGACUGGCAGUAUGAGUACUACACGAUGCUAUCUCGUGGCAACAAUACUAUCCAAUGGAAAAGUCUUGGUUGCUGGUGGAUAUGGCAUUAGUGGUGUUUCAAACAUUGCAGAGCUAUACGAUCCAUCGGCAGGACUUUGGACUACAACUGGUAGUAUCAACACUGCACGAUACGUACACACAGGCACAGUACUAACUAAUGGAAACGUCUUGAUUGCUGGUGGGUAUGGCUCUAUCGGCUAUUUGACUGGUUCACAAGAGUACGACUCAUCAACAAGAAUAUGGACAGCAACUGGGAACAUGACUACUGCACGAUAUCUGCACGGAGCAUCGAUGUUAAGUAGUGGAGUGAUCUUAGUUGCUGGCGGGGCCGUUGUUUCUGGCUAUACAAAUACUGCAAAACUAUAUACGUCUUAA